UUGCAUUGUGUUCAUAGUUGUUCCGCAUUUCUCCUUAAUUCAAACCCUUUUUUCCUAAAACCCUUAUUAUUCUUCCCUUUACUUAUUUCAGAGAUAUCAAAAUGGCAGAUAUGGGAAAAGUUAUAACAUGCCACACUCUUGCCUCGUGGAACCAACAACUCCUCAAAGCCCAACAAUACAACAAGCUGCUUGUUGUGAAUUUUACUGCAAGAUGGUGUGGUCCGUGUCAUGCCAUGGCGAGUGUUCUUGAAGAAUUAGCGAAGAAGAUGAACAAUGUUAUUUUUUUGAAAGUAGACAUUGAUGAACUGAAUAGUGUGGCGAAGGAGUUUGAAGUGGCUGCCCUUCCUUCGUAUCAUUUCUUGAAGAAUGGGAGAUUGGUUGAAAAAUUCGAAGGUGCAAAGAAGGAUGUACUGAAAAGCACUGUAUCCAAACAUGCCACAUGAAGUAGCACUCUACAACUUUUCUUUACUUUUUUUUUUUUUUUUUUUUUUGGGACAACUACAAAGGAUUGAUUUUAUCAACCAUCAAUAAUAAUGCUACAAAUUUAGACAUCCACAAAUGAAAAUAAGAAUUCAGCCCGACUAUGAAUUGUUAGUUGA